AUGAGCACACCAAUAUGCAGCAGCUAUCUGCAUAAUAUAUACCUAGAAUUUAGCUUAUUUAACAAUUUUUUAAGAGAUUUAAAUCGAGAAAUAAAAAAUGGCAAUAACGAAAGGUACACGCCUAUAUAUGAUAGCUGUAUUGAAAAUGCAUAUAGCAUACAAAAUAAAUUUUAUGCAUGGAACAGUGAAGAAGAAGAUAUUGAUGAAAAAUUCAUAGAAUACUUUUCUCAAAACUUUAUAAUAAAUAUUAAAACAUUCUUAAGGACAAACUUCUGCUCUAUAGAUGAGAAUUUGGACAAUUUAAAAAAUAGAAAUAAAAAAUUAAUUGAGAAAUUAAAGGUGGAUUUAGAGAAUGCAGAAAAUCAGGAAAAUUACAUAUAUGAAUUGGAAAAGAGCUUAAAAUGCGAAAAAGAAAAAAAUAGAAACGCACAUAACUUACAGGAGAAAAUAAACAAUCUUGUAAAUCAGAAUGAAAAACUUAAGAACAAGAACGAACAAUUGGAGAUGUCUUCAUGGAAGCAAAAAGAAGAAAACAGUAAAAUAAAAGUUGAACUAAACAAAUUUCUGUCUCUCAAGGAAAAGGGGAGAAAUAUUGAUAACGAUAAAAGAUGUUAUAACAGAUUGAACAAAACCAUGAGUACACUAUUUAAAAGAAUUAAUAACAACAUACGGAGAAGAACGGAAAACAAAUUGUUGUUAGGGAAAUGUAGGAGCUACAGUGCCAGCUUCUUACAUACUUUCAACAGUAUAAUGCUUGAUGAGGGGAAUCACAUUCGUGAAGAAAAUCAGUAUACAGGAGAAAAUGGGCAUAAAGCGGAAAGUUACGGACAAAGAAAUGAUAUAGAGAAAAAUGAUGCCGGAAAAAAUGGCAUAUUGCACAGUUGUGCUCGAAAGAACGAUGGGCUUCAAAGUGCAGCAGUGCAAAAUGACAUAACAACGAAUGACCACUUUUAUCACGAACCCAGCGCAAAUAUUAAAAGGAGAAAAAAACAAAUUCAUCUAGAUCAUCAUAUGCAUCCAAGAACUCAUGAAAUAGUUAGCAAUAUGAUCAAUUCAAGCAAUUUUUUUUUUAGAGGAGACAAAAGGGGAAUAUGUAGAAAUGAAUUAAACUGGUAUAAUUUUGAGGAAAAGGAUAAUUUUAAAAUUAAAGGUCAAGGCGAAAAGAUAUACACAAAUAUAGAACCUAUAAAUGACAAAAAUAUGGAAGGGAAAUGCCAUAAAGGAAAGAAAUUGUUUAAAAAUAGCUGCAUGCUUAAAAGAAUUUUCACUCAUAAUGAUUAUUGCACAGAAGGAGAAAAUACCUUGUCUUGUUGCAGUAAUACUUUACUUAUUGAUAUAAGAAAAGCGAUAAGAAAUAACCGAACGUUUUUAAUUAACUCUUUAUUAAGAAAACGGACAUAUAGAAUUAAAAAAAGGAAAAUUGGGAAAUUAAGAACAUUACUGAAGGAUAAAGAGGUAAAUAGAUUUAUUCUAUAUUCUGUUUCUAUCUUGCACUUCAUUCUUUUACUUUACAUUUCUAAAUGUAAUUUUAAGGAGUAUGCUCAGAAAGGAGAUGAUCAGUUGCAUGCCGAAAGCAACAUGAUAAUGGAGGAUUAUAGAAGCACUAUUGGCAAUUUCUAUGAGUACAUAAAAAAAGACAUAAAAAUUGUUAUUGAGCGAGAUGGCAACAUAAACAUCGACCUUUUUUCGAAUUAUUUUAAAAACAUUAUAAAGGAAAUCCACGACGAAAAAAAUAAUGUUAAAAAAAAAAAAAUUGAUAAAAUUACCAGAAAAUACCUCCGGAAAAUUGAUUCUUACAGAUUGCGAGAGCGGGAUUUUUUCGAAGACGAAGGAAUUGUAGAAACCAAGAGUUGCAAAUAUUACAAUAGGAAUUUAAAUAAAUACGACUCAUUUGAUUUAAGGAAAAUUUUAAAAAAUAAUUAUGAACAAUGCGAAUUCAGUAGUGACCAUGAAGAAGAAGGACCGUUUUCUUUCUACGAAAAUAGAAAUAUAAGAAUUAUUGACAGAUUAAAAGAUUUAAAAAAUAACAUUUCAUUUUUUAAGUUUUAUGAUUUAAUUGAUUUCCCAAGUAAAUCCUAA